AUGAAAUAAUAAUUUAUUGCUUGCAGACCCUAUGAAAAAGUGCCUUCCUUUUUGAGAAAUUCUCUCAUACAAUUAGUAUUUAUAAAGGGUUUUAAAAUAAAACAUGUAAUAUAUUCAUUCAAAAAUCUUUAAGGCAGCCAAAAGACUCAAUAUUAAGUACCCAGCAGCCAAAUCAAUCAUUAUUUAUCACAGAAAAAAUAUCAUCAAAUAGAAAGUCAACAUUACAUAAUAAAAUGAAUGCCAAAUCGUCCCCAUACUUAAGUAUAAAAGCUCGAUAACAAUAAUAUCAAGUGUGGGAGGAAGCCAAGUCACUUCUAAAGUAUUGUUUUAGUAUGAAAUUCGAAAUGAUUCCUAAUAUAUGAUAACAUCAAUACNAUUAAUCAUCUCAAUUAUUCAUUUAUAUAUGAAUAUUAAUUAAUCAUUAUUAAAUGUUACAAAUAAAAGUUUAUAAAAUAAAAAAACUUAUAAUUUAAAAGAAAUUUCUCAUUCAUUUUUUGUUUCUUUCAAAUCGAAAUUUCACCCAACUUGGUUAAUUAGAUGUAAAACAGUUUGUAUUAACUAUUACAAUUCCAAAAACAUUAUUCUUAAUAAAAAUUAAUUAUUAAUAAAACCCAUUAAUAAUACAAACUUCGCUUAAAUUUAAUAGAAAUAAAUUGUUAAAAUAAAGCUAAUCUAUUGA